UACCAAGUGAGGCUUUUUGCUGAUAAUUAUUUUGAGUAAUAACCAAUAUAGUGUCCACUGCCUUUAAAAGAGAAAAGGGCACUUAAUGCAACUUCAGUCUUUUAAAAAAUAUUUCCCACGUUAUUGUUAUUUUAUUUUGUUUGUAUGUUUAACCAGUCGCUUAUAAAAACACUGGUUUAAUGAAGUUAUUAAGCGUAUGACAAAAGCCGAAGUUGACACAAUGCAAAUUCAUUAAAACCUGCAUUCACUUGUCAAACCUUAGGUAUGAUUUAUUUGUAAUAUUAAGAAUAGUAAAGAGCACCUGUUCUAUCAUUUGAAACAUUAUAAAACAACUUCAGUCUUUGAAAAACUGUUUUCCCCAUGAUAAAUUGUCUAGUAUAUUUGACCAGUCAGUUAUAAAAACACUGAUUUAAUGAAGUUAUGAAGCGUAUAACAAAAAGCCAAAGUUGACACAAUUGAAAUUCAAUCUUGGCUAUGAUUAAUUUACAAUAACAUUGGGAAGAGAAAAGAGCACCUGUUUUUGUACAUCAUUUGAACAAUUAUAUGUCUUUUAAAACUUUUGUGUAAUGAAGUUAUUAAGCGUAUAACAAAAGGUGAAAUGGACACAAUAGAAGUUCAUUAAAACAUUCAUUAAUUACAGUUGUCGCCUCAGGGACUGGGACAGUUAUCGAAAUGCUUUAUAAGUCGCAGUUUGUUCCCAGGAAACAGACACGUUCGUGUAAAGCAGAGAUAUCCACUCGUUCCGUUGCUGCAUAGAGUUUGAAUUCUGUUUUAUUCUGCGAUGGCAUUUUGGAAGGUUUGUUUCCUGAUGUGGCAGUUGAUCGGUCUUGGAUUGGCCACUGAUGGUCCGGCCCCACCGUUUGAGCUCAGGGAGUUCGAAGAGCUACGCCAAGCAUCAUGCCCAUAUUUGUAUCAGGAGUAUGGUAACUCCUGCUAUAGAGUCUUUACCAAUCAGAAAACACAGAACGAAGCCGAAGCCGAUUGCGGACUGGAGGAGAGACCAAGUGGACAGGGUCAUCUUGUGUCCAUUCUAAGCCAACAGGAGAACGAAUUCGUGACUGACCUUUGGUAUUCAACCAAUCCACCAAACACAGGUGAUACAGCAUGGAUCGGACUCAGCGAUACAAAUGGUAGUGAUAACAUUGGUUUUAUUUGGUCUGACGGGAACUUUAGGUUUUACACCAAUUGGGUAGAGAGUCAACCCAUCAAAGACAAAAAGUGUGCGUUUCUUCGAGGAGGCUUUUGGACAACUGAGUACUGUGAGAGAAAGAUGCCCUACAUCUGCAAGGUUCCGCUGUGAAUCAGUGACUGAUUGCUGCAGCAGCCAAGCUCGACACACCAUCAUGGUACCUCCGUAAUCACUCAGAACUUUCUCAAGUUGCUUCCUGAAUUAUCAAAACAAUUAGUUACCUAGUCAGCCACUUUAUGGCGCAAAUUAAUUCAUCUUUGGUGUAUUUGAUUGGCGAAUUUUAUUAGAUAAGCUUGAAAGUUUGCAGCUUUCGUAUGUGCAUCCUUGGAUUCAAUUUCGUCAGCUGUUUCAUAUAAUUAAAAGACACUUGACACGUUUGGUAACUGUUCAGAGACUCUUAUUCUUAUUCUUACUUGGUGUAUCCCAACAGUAUGCAUAACA